AUGAAAAUCAAAGCUCUUUCUCGUCCAACAGCCUCUCAACAGGCUCCGGGAUCCUCUGUCGUUCGACAGCCCCGAAACCUCGACCCUGCUCAGCAUCCAUUCGAACGAGCUCGUGAAUAUACUCGCGCGCUUAAUGCCGUCAAGAUGGAGCGACUAUUUGCGGCACCUUUCGUGGGACAAAUGGGUGAUGGCCAUGUAGACGGCGUCUACUCGAUGGCAAAGGACCCGAACUCUCUCGAUCAUUUUGCCAGUGGCAGCGGUGAUGGUGUGGUCAAGGUGUGGGAUUUUACGACACAUAAGGAGAUUUGGAAUACGCAGGCACAUGAGAAUAUGGUGAAGGGUGUUUGCUGGACACCUGAGCAGAAGCUGCUCUCUUGCGCGAGCGACAAGACCGUUAAGCUGUUCGAUCCGUAUCGCUCAUCAUCCGAAACACCACCUUUGGCUACCUAUCUAGGACAGACUCCUUUUACUGGUGUGUCGCAUCACCGCAACAUUCCUGCAUUUGCUGCGUCGUCCUCUCAAAUCUCGGUCUAUGAUCUUUCGCGACCGUCUUCUAUGCCUUCUCAAACCCUCCACUGGCCCACCAGCGUUGAUACCAUCACAUCCGUUGCCUUCAACCAGACCGAAACCUCGGUCCUUGCAUCGACCGCCAUGGACCGUUCCGUCAUCAUGUAUGAUCUUCGAACCUCGUCGCCGCUCUCGAAGCUUGUGCUCCGCCUCGCAUCCAACGCCGUCUCUUGGAACCCUAUGGAAGCGUUCAACUUCGCAGUUGCCAAUGAAGACCACAAUGUGUACAUCUUCGAUAUGAGAAAGAUGGACCGUGCCUUGAACGUGCUCAAGGACCAUGUUUCAGCAGUCAUGGAUGUCGAGUUCAGUCCCACAGGUGAAGAACUCGUAACGGCAUCGUAUGACCGGACAGUCCGUCUAUGGGACAGAGCGAAGGGUCAUUCGCGCGACAUUUACCACACGAAGAGAAUGCAACGUGUCUUCUCUGCCAAGUUUACCCCCGACAAUAAAUACGUUCUCUCCGGCUCUGACGAUGGCAACAUCCGACUUUGGCGUACGAACGCUUCCGACCGCAGCGGAAUCAAGAGCGCUCGUCAACGCGCGAAGCUUGAGUACGACCAGGCCCUGGUCAACAGGUACUCUCACAUGCCAGAGAUCCGGAGAAUCAAACGCCAGCGCCAUGUGCCUAAGACUAUCAAGAAAGCUACUGAGAUCAAGAGAGAUGAGUUGGCUGCGAUUAAGCGACGUGAAGACAAUAUUCGGAAGCACACUAAGAAGAGUGCUCUGUCGAAAAAGCAGCAUGAGCGUGAGAAGAUGAUCUUGACGCAGGAGCAGUAA